ACCGGUGUCAGUUUGUGUGCGUUUUGAAUAAAUUUAAUUUUUAUGUGAAUAUUGACACAGAUCACAUAUGUUAUUGACAGUCACUGCACAAAACAAUAUGUUGGUGUUCCGUGUUCGUGAAUCAGCUGUAAACUUUGACAUUUAGUCACUGCCCAAAAAAUACAGUGGACAAAAACAGAAAACAUUUGUUAACAAUAAUAACCUUUUGAUAAAACCAUUCCAUCCUGUUGAGAUGGUGCGGACGGUCAAAAAGCUCUACGACAUUUGCAUCGACGUCGCUGUGGCCGAUUGUAUCACGGCCUGUCAGUUUUGCAAGAAAGAGUUCAGAUAUUUACCUAACAAUGUACUCUUUGAUUUUUAUCACAAGAUGUUCCUGGAGAAGCGACUCUGCCUCCUCGCAGUGGAAUUCAGUGAUCUGGACGUCUUCAAUAGAGUGUUGUCCGUGAAGCAUCAGCGAACGAAAUUCCUGAAGUGUUUUCAGUCACUGAUCGAACACGGGACGCACAUACCCGAGGAAAUCAUCAAGAGUUAUUUAUAUUACUGCAAAAAUGCAGACCUGCUAGAUGUAUCUGUUAUAGAAACUGGCCUGAGGAUAGGAGGGUUUUUUAACGAAGGGGGGUUAUACAGGUGUUCCAUAGAAAUCUUGAAUAUUACUGAAGAAAUCUGCAAAACUAGGAUCAGAGACGUCACGACCCUGAGGAUGUUGCUUGACUGCUAUCACAAGCGUAUUUAUGCUGAAUCUGUCUACUGUGAAUUUGAUCAAGCAGCAGAAACUUUCAAAUCGGCUCAAGAAGUUGUGAGACAAUUGGAAUUGUUCAAUUAUGUUCCGAACCUGGCCGGUUUAUAUUCAAAUUAUUCGUUCCUGUAUUUUUUACGAAGCGAAUAUGACGAGGCAUUCACUUGGUCUCAGAGAGCCCUCAAACUGUUGAACGAAGAUUUAUCGCCAAGGAUAAUCAUUGAAGUGCUGAGGCAGGCUUCCAAAUCUUGCGUAGUGAAAAGGAAAUUCAAUCCAGCAGGCUUGCUAAUCGGACAAGCUGUGAUUCUGGCUUCGAAUCUGUUUGAAAUCGACAAUCAUCCUCAUUUUUCUGACACACUGCUGGACUACGGCUUUUAUCUUUUGCAUUACGACUCGAUACAAGAGAGCGUGAAGAUGUACGAGAGAGCCUUGGCAAUAAGAAAGGAUAUGUUCCAGAAAAAUAAUAUUCAUAUUGCGUUGGGACACGAGGAUUUGGCUUACGCUCUUUACGUCAACGAGUAUAGCUCCGGCAGAUUUUAUAAAGCAAAGGAAAAUGCAGAACGUUCCAUCAGGAUAAUGGAAAGGAUACUUCCUAAGGAUCAUCUUCUGCUAGCUUCAGUGAAACGGGUGAAAGCGCUGAUCUUAGAAGAAAUAGCUUUAGACGAACAGAACGACGUGGAAAUCCACAACAGCUAUUUGCAGGAGGCUGAACAGUUGCACAAAGCAGCGUUGGAGCUGUCUUUCAAGUCGUUCGGGGAGAAGAAUGUGCAGACCGCUAAACACUACGGAAACUUGGGUAGGCUCUAUCAGAGUAUGAAGAAGUACGAGGAGGCGGAAAGGAUGCAUUUGCGCGCCAUCGCCAUCAAGGAGGAGCUGCUGGGCAGCGAUGACUACGAAGUGGGGCUCAGCACCGGUCAUCUGGCUUCUCUUUACAACUAUCACAUGAAGCGUCACAAAGACGCCGAGCAACUUUACCUGCGCUCCAUCAAAAUCAACCUGAAGCUAUUCGGAGAUGCGUAUAGUGGCUUGGAAUACGACUACAGGGGGCUGAUCAAUGUUUACUCCAAGUUGAUGGAUG